CAUUCAUGGGGUAGCGGCACGUUGCCUCAUUAGCUCCUUGUAAGUUGCAAGCUAAGCUGGGGUUGACAACUUAGCUGACCUACUACAGUUACAUAAAGUAUUACCUGCAAGUAUUUGGAAGAUCAUCCAUUGGCUAGAUUGUUUUACAUCAUGGUCAGCUUGCCUUGAUUAUACCUCCUUACCCCAUACCCUACAUCAACAACCCCAAAAACCCCAUGGGGCCGGGCCUUGUUGGAGUCUUGGAGACCAUUGUUCGGGAUAUCAUCCAAUGACCAUCGAAUAGUUAGUUAUCUAGCUACCUAGUAGCCAAUUGAACCUGGUCUUCGGUGUUCCAUAAGCCGGUGUAUGCUAUUCGAUUCUAUUCGACCCCCCCCUUUUGUUUAUCUCCGUUCGGCGGUUUUGCCCAUCUUUAUUAGACGAUCCCCUCUUCCAGAUUGGACUUCUUACAUCUACUUCUUGUACGGGCAACUUUGACCGAAACAUACCGGGCCAAUCUAGUAGCUAUUCGCCGAACCAACGACCCUCACGACCUUGCGAAUGCCCUCACCAGAGCAAACGGAAUUGCUUGCUACACCUUGCGUUACAUGUCGAGAACACCAUCUAAAAUGUGAUCGCUCGGUUCCAAGAUGUGGUCGCUGUGUUCGCGCAGGUCGCGAAUGUAAGCUUGGCUUCAAGUUCAAAUCCAGCAAAGGCAAGUCCAAAAUCGUUCAAAUUCACUAUUUCGACAAGUCUGACAUGGUAUCUACCUACUCAGAGAAAUUCGCUAGUAACCAGAAAUGGCUCAAGCCGCCAAAACAUCUAUUUUAUAUUGAUGAAACACGACCUCUGGCCAAUCAAAAUCCACUUAUUCUAGAGGAAGCAAUACAAUAUGGGUUUCAUAUAGACGAAAACCAUGGUGGGAAUCUUCAACGGACCUCUCGGAGUAUCACACCUCCGGUGGCUGCUGAUUCGACGAAGCGCAUACCUGAAAGUCAACCAGGUAGUAUUGUGCAGGUUCAAAACUCAUUGGGGCACAAUGGGCUCUUCACGAGCGAGGGUUCCCUCGCAAUAGAUUCACAAUCUGGCAGAGACUUCUUAGAACCAAAAGCUAGCAGUCCUAGCAAUGUGAGGUCCAUGCAGGUUGGUAAUAACACGCGUAUACCACCUAUCAGGGAUAUCUUGACCCCGAAUUUCCAAGCCAUCUCAGCCUUACCACUUAAAAGCCGAACCGAGGCAUUGCUAUUUCGGCAUUAUAUACAAAGAUUAGCGAUAUGUUUGGAUUUGUGUGACCCGCUGAGACAUUUCGAACUUGUCGUUCCUGAGCGGGCUGGAGCAUGUCAUACGCUCUUAAACGCCAUCUUCGCCAUAGCUGCCAGGCAUCUAAGUCAUACGACGGAUUUUGAUCCCCUUGCCUCGAACAGGUAUCAUGAUGAGUGUUUAAAGUAUCUGAUUCCCAUGCUGAACCAUGCUUCAGCGGUAUCAGAUGAGAACUUAUUUGCAGCGACAAUAAUCCUACGUAUGCUCGAGGAGAUGGAUGGCCAGGAUACCUACAGUCACUUGCUCGGCAUUCAUGCCUUUGUCAACGUCGGAGACCAUUAUAUGGUACCUGGCAGCUUAAGCGCGGCAUCCUUUUGGGUGGGAUUGCGACAAGAAAUAUAUAUUGCCGUGAUCACCCAACAGCCGGUAAAGGUCAGCUUGGAUCAUUUUGUCGUAGACCGAUCCUUUGAGCUGGCUGAUGAUUACACGUGGUCGAAUAGGGCAAUCGUGCUUCUGGCCGAUGUUCUCAACUACUGUUUUGGUGAAAAUUCAUUCACGACCGGUCGUUGGGUUGCUCUUGAUGAAGCAUGUAGGAAAUGGUCGGCUACUCGACCAAUGUCCUUCAACCCAUUCUUCUAUCGAGCGCGCAGUUCACCCCAAGCUUUUCCGGAGAUCUGGCACGGCUCAAGCUGUCACGUCAUCGGGAUUCAGCACCAUAUCCUUGCACAAUUAUUCCUAACUCAGUUUGAUCCAUCUAUUCCCAAAGUAGGAACAAAUCGCCGAGCAGCAGUUAAGCAAAUGACCCAUCGAAUCGAGGACCUCGUAAGGGAGUUGUGUGGUAUCGGUGCUUGCAACCAGUGGACACCUCCGAGUAUGUUCACUGCUUGCAUGGGUAUUGCGAUGUUUGGCGAUCAAUUCGGAGAACGGACCGAUCAGGAGGCCUUGGUCGAUAUCUUGAAGAGGACUGAAGCAGAACACGCCCGGCCAACCGCAGCAAUACAACAACAACUAAUGAAAGCUUGGGGAUGGGUACCAGAAAAUGACGAAUAAACCCAUUUCAAUUGGAGACAUCCUAUUCGUCAAACUAAUACGAGAUACGUAAGUGGCUGAACGGGUUGCACAUGACCUCCUUACCGGUAUAUUUACCGCGACUUC